ACGUGCAGUAAGAUUGCGCAACACCCAAACAGAGCAGGACUGACCGAUUGGCCAUGAGUGUGUGCCUAGCCCCCUACUGCUGUACGCCCCACGUCUAACUUUAAACUUUGCUGUCCAGGGGGGUAGGCUACUGAGGCUGAACUCCACGGGGAAAGACAAGGCGCAAUCAACGCAGUUCAACAGUCUGAAACGUAAAGAUGGCUGAAAUAUGUCACAAUGGUGAUUUACUAGAUCUCAACGAUUUUUUCCAAAUGGAGCCCAAAUUGCGCCAGUACGAAGGCGACUACCAUCGCAGGUACCAGCUGUUUAAGGAGCGUCUCUCGCAGGUGGAGCAGAUGGAGGGAGACUUUGAUCAGUUCACAAAGGGCUACCAGUCCUACGGCACGCAGCGGCAGGCCAACAACGGCCUCUUCUUCAGGGAGUGGGCUCCUGGGGCUGACGAGCUCUACCUGACCGGAGACUUCAACAACUGGAACAAAACCUCUCAUCCUUUCACCAAGAAGGAGUACGGCAAGUGGGAGCUUUACCUCCCGCCGAGACGAGACAAGACCCCAGCCGUUGCCCACGAGUCCAAACUCAAGCUUGUUAUAUUAACCAAAGAGGGAGAAUAUGUAUUCCGGAUAUCCCCCUGGGCCAAGUACGUCACAAAAAGGCUGGAUUCCGUUACAUAUGAUUGGAUUCACUGGGAUCCGAUGCACCCUUACUUGUACCAGCAUGCCCGGCCCCAAAAGCCUCGCAGUCUUCGCAUCUAUGAGGCUCAUGUGGGCAUCGCCUCGUCCGAGCAGAAGAUCGCCACCUACAAAAACUUCACACUCAACGUGCUUCCCCGCAUUAAGGAUUUGGGCUACAACUGCAUUCAGCUUAUGGCAGUUAUGGAGCAUGCAUAUUAUGCAAGCUUUGGGUACCAAGUCACCAACUUCUUCGCCGCCUCCAGUCGCUUUGGGACUCCUGAGGACCUGAAGAGGCUGGUGGACACUGCCCACUCCCUGGGCCUGGCCGUCGUUCUGGACGUGGUCCACAGUCACGCCUCCAGCAAUACAGACGACGGCCUCAACCAGUUCGACGGCACUGACUCGUGCUUCUUCCACUCCGGGUCGCGGGGCAAGCACUCACACUGGGGCAGCCGCCUCUUCAACUACUCCAGCUGGGAGGUCUUCCGUUUCCUGCUGUCAAACCUACGCUGGUGGAUGGAGGAGUACCGCUUUGAUGGCUUCCGCUUCGAUGGAGUCACAUCCAUGCUGUACCACCAUCAUGGAAUGGGCAUGUCAUUUGGUGGAGGCUACAGUGAAUAUUUCGGCAUGCAUGUGGAUGAGGACGCAGUGGUGCACCUGAUGGUGUCCAAUCAUGUCCUCCACACUCUCUACCCAGAAUGCAUCACCAUCGCAGAGGACGUGUCUGGCAUGCCAGGCCUGUGCAGACCCAUCACUAAGGGAGGCCUGGGCUUUGAUUACCGGCUGGCCAUGGCCGUGCCAGAUAAGUGGAUCCAGAUCCUGAAAGAGCAGAGGGAUGAAGAGUGGGACCUCCAUAACAUUGUGCACACGCUCACCAACCGCCGUAGCCAGGAGGGAUCGAUAGUGUACGCAGAGAGCCACGACCAGGCACUGGUGGGAGACAAGUCGCUGGCCUUCUGGCUGAUGGACCAGGAGAUGUACACCAACAUGAGCGCCCUGAUUCCCAUGACGCCAGUCAUCGACCGCGGCAUCCAGUUGCACAAGAUGAUCCGCCUCCUUACACAGAGCCUGGGAGGGGAGGGCUACCUCAACUUCAUGGGAAAUGAGUUUGGCCACCCCGAGUGGCUAGACUUCCCCCGGAAGGGGAACAACGAGAGCUAUACCUACGCCCGACGCCAGUUCGAUCUGCUGGAUAUGGAUCACCUGCGCUACCGUCAGCUCUACGCCUUCGACCGUGCCAUGAACCUCACAGAGGAGAAGUAUGGCUGGCUGGCCUCCCCACAGGCUCAUGUAAUGACGCUGAACCAGGAAGACAAAGUCAUCGUUUUUGAGCGGGCCAACGUGCUCUUCAUCUUCAACUUCCAUCCCACAUACAGCUACAAUGACUACAGGGUCCCUAUCGGCCUUCCGGGGAAAUACACCAUUAAACUGGACUCUGAUGACGUGCAGUUUGGGGGUCAUGGAAGGGUCUCAAAUGACACAGAGUUCUUCACUGAGCCCAUGUACUUCAAAGACCGGCCACACUCAUUCAAGAUCUACAUACCCUGCAGGACGGCUCUUGUGCUGGCAAAUGAGAACAUCGAUAACUGUUAUUAGCCACUGAGAGCGGAGAAUCGGGUGGAGAGUCGGACCAAGCUGUAAUCACCACCAUCUGAUGUGUUCCUGGAAGCUGGUGGGCACUGAUGUCCCUGUAUAAAACCUUUCACAGCCAACAGCAGCUGAGACUGAAAUGCGGGCCGGACCCCAAGCCAGGCUGGAUCCGCUUCACCUCAGAGUUAGAUGCUAUCUAGAUAGUGUUCAUUUUGUCCUGUUGUAUUCUAAACCAUCAUGGCUCAUUUCAACCUGUAAGAACAAAAAAGCACUGCACUCACUGAAGAAAAACACAUUUGUUGACAUACUCACGUUUGACCUUAAGGAAAUGGCUGUCACCAGUUGUCACCAGUGAUUCACCUAAAGGGGAUGCAUAGAAACUGUUCACUUUAAUGAGACUAACAUAGUAUAGGCAUCUGUAUCAAUCAGCACUUGUUACUAAAUGUGUGGUGGGCACAAAAGCGAAUAAGAGAGGAGAAAUUGAUGUGAUUCAUGGCGUGUUAGGGAGUUGUGGGGUAAUAGGCUGAAAAGAGCGAGGAAAAAAUAAUCUAUUUUCCAGUAACAUCACUUUGAGUGCACAUCUAACAACUCUUGGGGCAGAAUGAGUUGGUAAAUAUACUUUUCUUGAGCAUUUUUUUUUCUGAGGAUUUAUGUAGAUAAAAAUGGAGCCAGACCUUCUUGACUAUAGAUGAGCUGAGAUGAGAUGAGUAGGAAGGAAUCCAUUUUGCCUUUCUCCCUUUAUAGCUCAUUGGAAAUCCUAAGAUCAAUAUAACCCCUCUGCCUCAUCCUCCCUCUCCCCGACACUGUUUGCCUCCCCUCUUAAGGACCUCUUCUUUCACACACACAUUUUUUUUUCUCACACACACACACACACUCUCUCUCUCUCUCUCAUUCUCUCACUCUCUCACACUCUCUCUCAAACACUCUUACUCACUCACACACUGCACACUUUUAACCCCACUUUCAUUUGUGGAGCUUUAGAAAGCGUUGGUGAUUUGGAGCUCCAUUAAAUGUCUUACUUUAUGAGGUGACAUCACAGCAGUAUCAGAACCUCUUGCUGAGAACCGCUUCGGGGAUCACAAGACGAAUGAGCUUCUUUCUCUCUCUCCCCUCUCUCUCUCUCUCUCUCUCGUCCCCGAGGAGAAAACUAUUUUAUGCAAGAGUGGAAUUAUGACAGCAAGGACAAAAAAAUCUCCCGUUUUAUAGUCUGAAUGGCCAAUUAUUUCCUUCCUCUAAUUAAUUAAGUUCAUUUUCAGGAAGUUAAAUGUAUUGUGACACUUACAUGUCUUCUGUGCAAUCAUCUCGCCAUGUAAUGUUAUUCAGUGAAGUUGACACUGGGGUUCGUAGGUAACUUGUUCCAUAACAUUCCCAAUGCCAUGCAUUAAGAAAACUAUUCAUCAAUCCUUGGUUACAACUUUAAAGAGCAGUGCUGUCUACAGCUCAAUUGAUUCAACCUAAACUGAUUGAUAAACUGAUGAUCGUGGCAAGCUCAUGAAGAGGGUUAGGCAUUUGUAUGUUUACAGUAUGUUAUAAGGUUUCUUAGUAUGUUUCUUUUUUAUUUUAUUUUAUGUUUAUUUUUUGCCUGUCAGAUUUCUUUCAGUCGUUAUUGUAGCAGCAUGUAGUUUAAUGAGUUACUGUCUCUCACCCUCACAUGUUGUUAUGUGUUAGAGGACCAGAAGGAUGCCUUGUCAUUACGGUGGCUCUUUCUACUUGGAACUAUGUGAUGAUAAUGUCCUAAAAUGUUUUAGGCAUAACUUAUUAAACGGCUUUUCAGAGUGCUGCAGAAAGUUCCAUUCACAUGAAUGGGCCUUCCCAACGUUCGGGCCUAUGUUAAAUAACCUCAUACACUCUGUUAGUGUCAUAGUUGCAUAGUAACAAGAUUCUCAAAAGCCUCCCAGAUACAGUAUUUUUCAGUUUCAGUUUGAAUAAAGUUCAAAACUGGUCUUGCGCAACACACA